CAUAAAGACCCUUUCAAGCCCUCCACAAUGGCCGACGACGAGCCCACCCCAUCCCCUCCAGUCUUCAACUACAUCCUCGGCUUCCUCCUCAUUGGAAUAGCCUGGGGCUUCACCACACCCUUCAUCCGCAAAGCAGCGCGAACCCACAAACCCCCCGCUCACCCUAUCCUAGACACCCCGGCCGUUAAGAGCAGCUGGUUUAAGAGUAGAGUGUAUGGCGCGUUCUUCGGCGUUGUGGAUUUAUUGAGGAAUCCGAGAUAUGCCGUGCCGUUGGUGAUUAAUCUGACGGGAAGCGUGUGGUUUUUCUUGCUGAUCGGUCAAGCUGAAUUGAGUCUUACGGUUCCCAUUACGAACUCUUUGGCUUUCUUGUUUACUGUGUUGGGCGAUUGGUAUGUUGACAGGAAGGUGAUUAGUAGAGAUACCUGGAUCGGCAUGAUAUUGUCACUGGUUGGCAUCGGAUUAUGUGUUCAGAGUAAGAGCAAGUGA